CUGGCCUUAGCAUAAUAGUAAUUCAAGUCUCUUACUUUGAAACCCAACCACCACAAAAAACUUUGUUCUUUUUAUCUUUUCCUCUCCAAAAAUAUGGGUUUCUCACUUGCUUUGCCUCCCAUUUUUAAAAUUGAACCCAACAUUUCUUCAUUGUUGAAAUAGUAAUUUCCUUUAUCUCUGUUCUAAACCAAGAAUCACAUCAUACCUUUCUUGGAACCUUUCCUCUUUUAGUUUUUCAGGUUUCUCUCUCUGUCUUUUUUUUUAAUCAUAAUUUCACUGUCAUUUACCUUUUUAUUUUGUUUUACAAGGAAAAGGGACAGUUUUUAGCGCCCUGUUUCCUUCCUCUGUUUUGAGUUAGAAUACAACGAAUCUAGAAAGAAAUGCAAGAAAUCAAUCAUCUUUUUGGAUUCAACAACGGUGCCGAUAUUGGGUCUUCGAUGUCACAGCUCAUAUUAUCAGGAGGCUCAAUUACCUUAGAUGCAAUCUUCUCUCGUUGCCCACCAUCAACGGCCAUCACCACCAACUCUGUUUAUGAGCCAUUAGGCUCUUCAGUCUAUCUCCACCAGAGAGAUCUUCUUCAAAAAUUCUGCCAAGAAAACAAAGGAAACGCUUCAUUUUCACGAAACUCGCUGACGAAUCAGCUUCAAAACUGCCAAAAUCCUUCGUCGACGAGAAACUACUUGACCUUGAGUCCUCAAAAGAAGAAGCUAUACAGGGGCGUGAGGGAGAGACAGUGGGGCAAAUGGGUAGCGGAAAUCAGACUCCCACAAAACAGAAUGCGAGUCUGGUUAGGCACUUACGAAACAGCUGAAGCUGCAGCUUAUGCCUAUGAUCGUGCUGCGUAUAAGCUUAGAGGGCAGUAUGCAAGGUUGAAUUUCCCAAAUCUGAAGGAUCCCAGUAAGUUGGGGUUUGUAGAUUGUGCUAGGUUGAAUGCUGUGAAGAACACGGUGGAUGCUAAGAUUCAAGCCGUUUGUCAAAAGGUAAAAAGAGAGAGAGCUGAAAAGAAUGCCAAGAAGGGCAACUCUGAUCGUCCUGCUGCUUCUCCUGAAGCUGAAAAAGAAGUGGAAGUAACAGAAUCAUGUUCAUCGUCUUCAUCGUUAUCGCCUGCGGUUUUUAGUGACAAUUUAAGCAAUGAAUUGCUGUCACCAACCGUGUCUGAAGAUGGGUUUUGGAGAAGUGAAAACUCACCAUCCUCUGUUUCGAAUGAUUAUCCAAUGAUGAUGGCAGAGGAACCACCAUUUGAGGACAGUUCGCUUGCAAGAAUGCCAUCUUUUGAUGCUGAAUUGUUAUGGGAAAUUCUAGCUAAUUAGGAUAACAAUUCUCGUUCAUUUUUCACAAAAUGAAAAUUUCCAGCAGAUGGCUGUUUAGAAAAAAAGAAAAGACCAGAGAGAGAUCUUUCCUCUCUUUUUAGUUAAAAGUGCAAACGGUAGUUUCUUUUGAGGUUCUACUUCUUAGCAAAGGUGUCCUGUUUUUUAAUGUUGUCUGGUUUAGGUUUUUAUUGGUAUUUUUUGAGGUAUUCUCAGCUUUAAAUCAAGCAGGUGAAUUUGAUUAAGUAAAAGCCUCCAUUUGGUUCGGUCCAAAUCAUAGAGGAGAAAGAAAAAACAAAAACAAUACAUGUUCUUUCCAUGUUGCAGUGCUAUAAAUAACACAAGUUAUAGGACUUCAGAUCACUCCUUACUCUCGUAGCUUAUCUGCCAUGCUCUUCUUCAAUGGUGAGAAAGCCAUGGGAAAAAAUAUUGUGGUCCUCGUCCGCUUCUAUCUACAAUUCUACAUAUAUAAAUAAAAUAUCGAAAGAUGACUGU